UUUCACAAGUCGACAUCUUCUUGAAGAGCGAAUCUUAAUUAUUGAAUUUUUAUUACAUUGAGCCUUCUAUUGAGUUCAUUUGAUUAUAAACUUACUGUCAUAACGGUGAGAUACCACUCUUGAGCUUGGUCAACGUUUUUUAGAUUCAAUAAAUUGAGGAUUUCUGUCAGUCAAUAUUUUCUCUGAAUCCUACAUCAAUUAUUCGUAAACCCUCGUCCCAGCACAUCUUGGAGCCCAACUUAGGUCGAAUAAAUGGAUAGUAGGAGAGAAAAUUACCACCUACGAAGUGUCAGAAAAAAUAUGGAGAAAGACCAGCUACAGGACGACAUCACUGAAAAUGCACGAGCCCUGUCUCCGGCGGUACGUACUGAAAGGAAAGAAAACGGGAAACAGGAAAAUCAGGAACAUGGAGCUGUCCCAAAGGUGAAGGAAAGUGAUUCAAGAACACCCAAACAAGUUAAGUAUUCACACCACUCAAGGAGACGAAUGUUCAACCUUGAAAAUCAACAUGAAAAGGAUAAGUCUAGAAUGUUUGAUAUGUUUAUUUGAAAAAUUGUUAAUGAUACAGUGAGAAUGACCCUUAAUAAUGUACAAGUUGAUCAAGCUAGAAGUGGAGAUCAAGAAAAUAAUUAUUUUAUGCAGGAUGUUCCUGGGGUUGAUUUGAUUAAUACUGAUAAUCUUGAUACUGAAAAUCUAGCGAAUAACAUACGUGGACAUGCACGCGUUCAAUCUGGUUCACGUAUACAGGGUGUCUCUGAAAGAAAUAUAAACGUCAAAUCAAAUUUAAGUUCCAAUUUUAACUUACCUCAGUGUCUUCCUGGGUUGAAUGUACAGACUGCUCAUUAUUCAGGACAACAACAAAUUUCAAAUUUAACUAUGAACGAUAAUUUAUUUGGUUUGGGAGAUCUAAGUAAACUUGUACCUGAUUUUGAUGGGGAGAGUCAUGUGCAGGCUCCAGAAUUUCUUCAGUUUCUGGAAAACGGGAUAAAUGUUAAUGCUAUCUCUUUUAAUAAUAUCAGAAUUUUACUAUGCAAAUCAUUCAAGGGUUCAGCAAAGCUUUGGUGGGAAGCAUAUUCAAAUUACUUCAGCAAUUAUUCCCAAUUUAAAACCGAAUUUUUGAGUCAUUUUUGGGAUAGGAAAAGGCAGUAUAAGAUAAAAGAAAAAUUGGAAAAUAGUGAGUAUGUUUCUGGUCUAUUCACGGAUCACUUUAACUAUUGGAUAGGUGCUGCAAAACAUUUACAACCGCCAUAUACAGUCAUCGAGUUGAUUGACUUGAUAGCACCACAUUUUCCUCCUAAUGUUGCAAGCUCUCUUUUGGGCUGUACCACUUUUUCUGAUGCAGUUUCUCGUUUGAGGCAAGCUGACCAUUACUUCAAAAAUAAACCUAGUAAUUCUCAAAAUUUUCAAAAAAAGAUCAAUUUCGCUAAUACAGAGAACACAACUAAGAAUCCUAACUCGCACAGGUAUGGCUUCACCACCUCGAACAGACAGGGUGAGAGAGUCUUUUCGAAUAAAACAAUUUCGGUUUUGGAAGCUGAGACCCAAGAACAGGGAAACGGGGAAAUCCCCCACUAGGGAAUCUUGUGGGGGAAAAAUCUAUUCAGAUAAGUAAUAAUCCUUUACCUGACUUACUGAUGGAGGAAUGUGACUAUGAUCAUUCAUUAAAUGAUGAUAGGUGUCCACUUAUUUUAAUAAAUUUGUAUGGUUACAAGUUCGCUGCGUUGGUUGAUACAGGAAGUAGAGUCUGUGCUAUCUCACUUGAUACAUGGAAUCAGAUCGGAGGAUCUCACAGUUCUAUUCCUCAUUUUCCAGUUACAGGUAUAAGGGUAGUUGGAGCUUUUAAAACCAAGCUUCAGAAAUUCACCAUGCAAGCUCAAUUAAGUUUUUCUGUACAAUCAAUGUCACUUUGUUUCGAGUUCUUGAUCAUUCCGGGUCUAAUUCAUCCAGUUAUAUUGGGAUGUGAUUUGCUGCGUUUUCUUCGAGUUGAUGUGAAAUUAUCUGAGAAUGUUUUGGUAUUUCAUUCGAUGAAAGGAACCUACAAUG